ACCACAAUAAAUAGAGCACUACACAAACACUUUCUCACUUGCUCGCUCAUUUCUCUUCUCACCUAACAUCUCGUUCUCCGCAUCUUCAUCCUCAUCUCUUCCGAUCACGAUCACCACCAUGGGAUCCCAGAAAAUCAAAGUCGCCAAUCCCAUCGUUGAGAUGGACGGAGAUGAAAUGACUCGAGUUAUCUGGAAGUCAAUCAAGGAUAAGCUCAUUUUGCCUUUCUUGGAGUUGGACAUCAAGUACUUUGACCUAGGACUUCCUUAUCGUGAUCAGACUGAUGAUAAAGUUACAGUUGAAAGUGCUGAAGCAACUCUCAAGUAUAAUGUUGCAAUCAAGUGUGCAACUAUCACUCCAGAUGAGGCUCGUGUCGAGGAGUUCGGCCUGAAGAGCAUGUGGAGGAGUCCAAAUGGGACAAUCAGAAACAUUUUGAAUGGAACUGUCUUCAGAGAACCUAUUAUCUGUAAAAAUGUCCCUCGCCUUAUUCCUGGUUGGACAAAGCCAAUAUGUAUCGGAAGGCAUGCUUUUGGUGAUCAAUAUAGGGCCACUGAUGCAGUUAUUAAAGGACCUGGAAAGCUGAAGUUGGUAUUUGUUCCAGAAGGCCAAGGUGAGACCACUGAUUUGGAGGUUUAUAACUUCACCGGUGAAGGAGGUGUUGCAUUGGCUAUGUACAACACUGAUGAGUCUAUUCGUUCUUUUGCUGAGGCCUCUAUGGCAACUGCUCUUGAGAAAAAAUGGCCACUUUAUCUUAGCACCAAAAAUACAAUUCUGAAGAAAUAUGAUGGAAGAUUCAAGGACAUAUUUCAAGAAGUUUAUGAGGCAAGCUGGAAAUCAAAGUAUGAGGCUGCUGGUAUAUGGUACGAGCAUCGACUCAUUGAUGAUAUGGUGGCAUAUGCCCUCAAGAGUGAAGGAGGUUAUGUAUGGGCAUGCAAGAACUAUGAUGGAGAUGUCCAGAGUGAUUUCCUAGCUCAAGGUUUUGGAUCAUUGGGUUUGAUGACAUCUGUAUUGGUUUGUCCUGAUGGAAAGACCAUCGAAGCAGAAGCAGCCCAUGGAACAGUUACCCGUCAUUUCAGGGUUCAUCAAAAGGGCGGAGAAACCAGCACAAACAGCAUAGCAUCCAUCUUUGCUUGGACAAGAGGUCUAGCCCAUAGGGCAAAGCUAGAUGACAAUGCUAAACUCUUGGAAUUCACUGAAAAGCUAGAGGCAGCUUGUAUUGGAGUAGUAGAGGCUGGGAAGAUGACUAAGGAUUUGGCUCUUAUUCUUCAUGGAUCCCAGCUUAAAAGGGAGCAUUAUUUGAACACAGAGGAAUUCAUUGAUGCUGUGGCAGCCGAGCUUAAAUCUAAGAUCUCUGCGUAGAUUUGUGAUUUUAGAUAUUGGAGAGAGAUUGAAGAGGAUCGCAUGCACUUUCAAAAGAAAUAAGAAAGAGGAUCGAAGCCAUUGGUCUUGGCUAUUUUUUCUUCAUUUGUGUGUUGUGUGGGAUCGCAUGGACUGUGCUUCCCCCGUUUUGUUUGAUUUGUGUACCUUUGGAUUUUUACUUAGAAAAUUAAAUGGAUUUUGUUUUGCAA